GCAGCCGAGGAGGGCUGGUGCAGCAGUGUCUGAGGUGGUUGGUCGGCGUCCCUCUACGGAUCUAUUUUUCUCGGCCUUUCUGAAAGGGGAGAACGUGGCUCGAGUUCCAGUCUGACGACUUGUGCAUAGAUCACUUGUUUUUAAAUCACUUAAAAGUAACCAUGAAGCUAAAAGAGAAAAAAUCAAGGCCAGAGCCACCAAACUAUGGCAGAAUUCAGAGGAAGGGCAUCAGAGUUGUGGGAAAAUGGAAGCAGGUGAAGAUUGACCCAAAUAUGUUUGCAAACGGACAGAUGGAUGACUUGGUGUGCUUUGAGGAACUGACGGAUUAUCAGUUGGUCUCCUCUGGGGAGGGUUCCUCCAGUCUCUUCUCAAAGGAGGAGCCCAAGAAGAGAAAGUCACAAGCUGUUUCAGAAGGAGAGGAGGAAGGAGAGUCUACCUCCUCAAAGAAGAAGAUGAAGUUGAAGAAGAGUAGAGCUGUGGAAACUGAAGGAAGCAGUGCCCAGAAAGUGUUUGAGGGCAAAGAUACUGAGCCAGGGCCCCAGGGAGAUGGCACAGUUUGUCCUGAUCCAGAGGUAGGGGAGAUGGCAUCAGAAAGCCCGGCCCAGACGGUUCCAAAAAAGAAGAACAAGAAAGGGAAAAAAAAAUCAGAGCCUCCCCAGGGUACUACUCCAAAGGUGCCCAAAAGAGCAAAGACGUGGAUGCCUGAAAUGCGUGAUCGCAAGGCAGAUGUAUCAGCUUGGAAGGAUCUGUUUGUACCCAAGCCAGUUCUCCGAGCGCUCAGCUUGCUAGGCUUCUCUGCGCCCACACCAGUCCAAGCUCUGACCUUGGCACCUGCCAUUCGUGACAAACUGGACAUCCUUGGGGCUGCUGAGACAGGAAGUGGGAAAACUCUUGCCUUUGCCAUUCCAGUGAUACAUGCGGUGCUGCAGUGGCAGGUGAAGAAGAAGCCUAUCCCAGCUCUAAGUAACACAGGAGCACCACUUGGGAAGACCAGUAAUGAGGCUGGAGUUGAGACAGGAUCACCAGGCAGGGCUGGAACUGAGUCUGGAGCUUUGCCGCUGAGAUUGGAAGCACUGCCCAGGGAGGCUGGAGCGAAGGCUAGAGCACCACGCAGCCAGGCAAGAGCCAAGAUUGGAGCUACAGUCUCAAACCAGGUGCUGCCCUAUGAUGAUGAUGAUGCCGGUGAAGGACCUUCUUCCCUGAUCAGGGAGAUGCCCAUUCCCAAACAGGAUGAAAACAAGGAGGAAAAGCUUGAUAAAGAGCAGACUAGAAAGUUAAAACAAGAAUUGGGUGGCAGAAUUGCACAUCCAAGGCGUCCUCCGCUUGGACUGGUUCUGGCUCCCACUCGAGAGCUAGCCGUUCAAGUCAAACAACACAUUGAUGCUGUGGCCAAGUUUACAGGCAUUAAAACUGCUAUUUUGGUUGGUGGAAUGUCCACACAGAAACAGCAGAGGAUGCUGAACCGUCAGCCUGAGAUUGAGAUUGCCACUCCAGGCCGGCUGUGGGAGCUAGUUAAAGAAAAGCACCCUCAUUUGAGCAACCUUCGGCAGCUCAGGUGCCUGGUGGUCGAUGAGGCUGACCGCAUGGUUGAGAAAGGCCACUUUGCUGAGCUCUCAAAGCUGCUAGAGAUGCUCAGUGAUUCCCAGUACAACCCAAAGAGACAGACACUUGUUUUUUCGGCCACGCUGACCCUGGUACAUCAAGCUCCUGCUCGAAUCCUUCACAAGAAGCACGCUAAGAAAAUUGACAAAACUGCCAAACUUGACCUCCUCAUGCAGAAGAUUGGCAUGAGGGGCAAGCCCAAGGUCAUCGACCUUACAAGAAAGGAGGCCACAGUAGAGACACUUACAGAGACCAAGAUCCAUUGUGAGACUGAUGAGAAAGACUUAUAUCUGUACUACUUCCUGAUGCAGUAUGCAGGCCGCACCUUAGUGUUUGCCAACAGUAUCUCCUGCAUCAAACGCCUCUCUGGGCUCCUCAAAGUCCUGGAUAUCAUGCCACUGACCCUACAUGCCUGCAUGCACCAGAAGCAGAGGCUCAGAAACCUGGAGCAGUUUGCCCAUCUGGAGGAGUAAGUCAGGCCUGUGCACAGAUUAGCCAUUGGGUCUAGGUCACCAGGAUGGUGGGAAGCUACCUUCUCUCGUGGGAGCCUUAUCGGUAGAAGGUAGCCUUUUUUUUUUGCACAGCGUGAGGCAGGCUUACUCUCAUCUAGUACAUUUGGUUGCUGGGAAUGCCCAACAGAAACUUCUUUAAUAAUGAGUAAUGGUGACAAUAAUACCUAUUAUUAUUGAACACUUAACAACAGAUUAAGUAUUGUGCUUGCAUUUUAGAUACAUUAUUACAUUCAUUCACUUGUAACAUCCUUGAGAAGAAGAAUAGAGUCAUGGUUCAGAGCACAGACUGGAAGCGGACUGCUUGAGAUCAAAUCCUGGCUGUGUCACUUCUAGCUGGUCAGAUUACUUUGUGUUUCAGUUUUCUCAUAAUCAGUAUAAUAAUAGAAGUUAUGGCAGAGGGUUGCUCUGAGGAGUAAGUGAAUUUAUGCAUUUGAAGUGUUCGGAACAGUGCUUGGCACAUGGUAUGAGCUUGCUAAAUGUUAGCUUUAAUACUUACCACUUGUCAUUAUUCUUAUUUUAUAGAUUAAAAAAAGUAAGGUUUAGAAAAGCACUUAAGCUUGCCCAAGGUUUCUCAGCUUGGAAGUGGUAGAGCUGGGCCUCAGACCAGCCUGUCAGACUGCAGAGCUCACGCUGUCGUGUCCAUCUGCUCUUGGGCCAGAGUGAUGGUCAGGCAGGCAGCACGGGGCAGAUUGUCAAAAUGAGGGCCUGGGAAGCUGGGCUUUAAAUUGGCUUCUGCCCACAUUGUUUUGUAAGGUUACCGGUUACAGAUUAAUUUCAAGAACAAGUGGUUCACUUCCCUCUGAAUGUUAGUAAGUAGAGUUAGUGGUUCAUUGGAUCAGGAGUUGGCAAACUAUAGCCCAUGGGCCAGAUCUGGCUUGUUGCCUGUUUUUAUAAGUAAAGUUUUAUCGGAACACAGCGAGGCCUAUUUAUGUAUCGUCUAUAGCUGUUUUUGUGCUAUAAUGGCAGAGUUGAGUAGUUUCAACAGACGUCACCCAUGAAGCCAAAAAUAGUUUACCCUCUGGCCCUUGACAGAAAAAGUUUGCUGACCUUGACUUAGAGCGGUGGUUUAAUAUUUUACAAACUUUAGUUUGCAUCAUAUUCCGCAGCCCUAUCUCAGAGAUACAGGAAGUGGGGACCCUGAAGGGCCUAAAAUCUUAAGUUUUUAAGACAUACCUCAGGUGCUUUUGACUCCCCUCAAACUACACAUACAUUAAGAAACAUCACCCACUACAUAUUAUUGAGUGCUUGCUGGGAACCUGGCACUGUUCUAGGGGCUGGUAAUAGAAUAGUGAGUAGUGCAAAGUCCCUGCUGUCAUGGAGUUUACAUCCCAGGGGAGGGAGGUAAUAAACUGAAAAGUAAGUAUGCAGUUCGUCAAGUGGUGCUAAGUGCUAAGAAGUAAAGUUAUAUAGGGAGUUGUGCAGACUGUGGGUAUGUGGUCUGGGAGGCUUUUCUCAUAAGGUGAGAUUUGAGCAGAGAGUGGAAGAAAGUAAGGAAAUGUGAAUAUCUGAGGAAGACCUUUAUGGCCUAAGGUGCACUAAGUGCACAGGCUGGGAGGCAAGAGCAGGUUUUAUUUAUAGCAGCCAUUAUUUUCCCCUUCAUUCCUGAAGAAAAUUUUCAUGAACUCCGGGUUGAGACUUCCCUUCUUUCAGCACUUGAAAAAUGUGUCACUUCCUUCUGACCUCCACGAUUUCAGAUGAGAAAUCUGAUGUCAUGCAAAUUGCUGUAGGCAAGCUGUUUCUAGCUGAUUUUAAGAUUUUUUUUUUUUGUCUUCAGUUUUCAGAAGUUAGACUAUGAUGUGUUUUGGCAUGGAUUUCUUUGGGUUUAUUCUGUUUGAGGUUCACUCAGCUUCUAGAAUCCGUAGGUUGGUACCUUUUGCCAAAUUUGGGGAAUUUUCAGCUAUUAUUUCUUUAAAUACUUUUUCAGCUAUACCCUCUUUCUCAUCUUCUGGAACUCCCAUGGCACAAACGUUAGAUCUUCCCCACAGGUCUCAGGCUCUGUUAAUUUUUUCCAGUCUAAUUCUCUUUGUUGCUCAGAAUGGGUAAUAUCUACUGUUCUGUCUUCGAGGUCACACUGAUUCUUUUCUAUGUCCUUCCAUCCACCUGUUGGGUCUGUCCACUGAGUUUCAAAAUUUCAGUUAUUGUUAUUUUUCAGUUCUAAAAUUUCUAUUUGGUUCUUCUUUAUAUCUUCUCUCUCUUUCCUAAGGCUUUCUAUUUUUUUCAUUUGUUUCAAGCACGUUCAUUACUGCUUACUGUAGCAUUUUAUGAUGGUUGCUAAUUUAAAAUCCUUGCCAGAUAAUUCUAACAUCAGUGUCAUUUUGGGGAUGGUGUCUACUGAUUGUCUUCUCUCAUUCAAGUUGAAAUUUUCCAGGCUCUUGAUAUGACAAGUGAUUUUUAAGUGAAUCCUGGAUAUUUUGGGUAUUAUCUUAUACGAAUGUGAAUCUUAUUUUUUUAUUUAAUAAAUAAAUAAAUUUAUUUAUUUAUUUA